AGUGUCGACAUCAUUGUCUCGUGUUGUUGUGCGUUUUUUUCUGGUCGUGGCAAAGGUGGAAAAGGUCUCAGCAAAGGGGGUGCGAAACGUCAUCGCAAGGUUCUCCGCGAUAACAUCCAGGGGAUCAGCAAGCCAGCGAUCCGCCGUUUGGCGCGUCGUGGUGGUGUGAAGCGCAUCUCCGGUCUCAUCUACGAGGAAACUCGUGGUGUGCUGAAGGUGUUCCUGGAGAACGUCAUCCGUGACGCGGUCACUUAUUGCGAGCACGCGAAACGCAAGACUGUUACUGCAGUGGAUGUGGUCUAUGCUCUGAGACGCCAAGGCCGUACCCUGUACGGCUUCGGAGGCUGA